AUGAUGCGACGAGCAGUCUCGAUGAUUGUGAACGCUCAUGAAAUACACGACGUUAUAGCUGAUUGUUCAAUUGUAUUUGUGGAAGAUGUUUUAAAUGAAUUAAUAGCUGAUGAUGAAAACUUUAUGAAGUAUUCGGCAACAUCGGCAUACGUGACAAGUUUUCCCAACAAUGUGCCGGAAAGAUUGGCGAAGCAUGAUACCGACGUUACUGAAUAUACAAAAAAUACAUUUACAAUUGAUAAAGAUGUUCAGCAACGAUUAAAUUCAAGUGCAAGAGAGCAGUUAGAUCGAAUCGAAUUUUACAAACUUCAUCAUCCGUAUUGCAACACAAAUAUGGAAACGACGAAUAUACUGGCUGAUUCAAAAAAACAAAACGCAGCAACCAAUAAAGGCGAUAACAGCGGUAAUGGACAUAACGGUGAAACAGGUUUAGGCGGUAAUAGACAUAAUGGUGGAAAAGGUUCUGGCGGUAAUGGAACUACCAUUGGAUACAGCUCAAGCGCUCCUGGACAUAAUGGUGGAAAAGGUUCAGGCGGCAAUGGAAAUAACGGUGGAAAAGGUUCCGGCGGUAAUGGAAAUAACGGUGGAAAAGGCUCAGGCGGUAAUGGAAAUAACGGUGGAAAAGGUUCAGGUGGUAAUGGAACUACCAAUGGAUCCAGUUCAAAUGCUCCUGGAAAUAAUGGUGGAAAAGGUUCAGGUGGUAAUGGAAAUAACGGUGGAAAAGGUUCAGGUGGUAAUGGAAAUAAUGGUGGAAAAGGCUCAGGCGGUAAUGGAAAUAAUGGUGGAAAAGGUUCAGGCGGUAAUGGAAAUAAUGGUGGAAAAGGCUCAGGCGGUAAUGGAACUACCAAUGGAUCCAGUUCAAAUGCUCCUGGAAAUAAUGGUGGAAAAGGCUCAGGCGGUAAUGGAGAUAAUGGUGGAAAAGGCUCAGGCGGUAACGGAAGUAACAAUGGAUACAGUUCAAGCGCUCCUGGAAAUAAUGGUGGAAAAGGUUCGGGCGGUGAUGGAAGAAACAACAGACACAGUUCAGGCGCUCCGGGAAAUAACGGUGGAGAAUAUUGA